AUCUUGAAAAUGUUUGGAAUGAAUUUUACAAUUCUGGCAUUGAUCUAGAAAAACCACUACAACCACAGGCCACUCAAGUAAUCUACCUGAUUUUAACGUCUUUUCAAAUACCUGCUGAAUUUAUACAUUUACUGGAAUCAGAAGUUUUCAAUCAUGGUGAAGCUACAAAUAAAAAUUCAAAUUCAGCAUGGAAGCAAUUUGG